CAGCAAAUUAGCCGGGCCUGAUAUAAAAGCAAAUUGGUUCACGCCAAACGACGACAGUCACCGCGGUUAGUGUACAGUGUGUGUAUCAAUUUGAAACCAAUUUCGGGGUUUCUCUGACGCGUUUCGUGCUUGGGUGCAUUUUUGUGGUUGCUGCUUUAAAUUUGGCGCGAUCGUCAUGAAAUCGUUUUUGGUUGUCCUAGCUUGCGUUGCUUGCGCAACGGCCUUCCCGGAGCCACCACGGGGUCACAUCGUUCUGCCGGCUAAGCAGCUCCAGCUGCCCGAACAUGAGUACGGUGCCCCGAAGCAGGAGUACGGCCCACCAAAGGCCGAAUACGGACCGCCUCCAGCACCCGAGUACGGACCCCCGGCUCCAGUCUACGGACCUCCUUCGCACGAAUACGGACCGCCACCAGUGCAGAAGCUGAUCACCAAGAACGUCUACGUCCACGUCCCACCAGAGGAGCAAACCGAGAUCAUCAAGAGCCCCGUCCUGGAAGCCCCCAUCCCCAAGAAGCACUACAAGAUCAUCUUCAUCAAGGCUCCGGCUCCUCCAGCACCAAUCCAGCAGACCAUCCCACCACAGCCCCAGGACGAACACAAGACUCUGGUCUACGUGCUGGUCAAGAAGCCAGAGGAUCCCGCCCCACUGGAACUUCCACAGGCUGAGCCAACUGAACCCAGCAAGCCCGAAGUCUACUUCAUCAAGUACAAGGCCAACGAGAAGAAGCCUGCCGAUACCUAUGGACCCCCAGCCAACACCUAUGGACCCCCAUCGGCCCCAACCGGACCAGCUCGCUACCAACAGUUCUAAGCUGCUCCCGUAGCUUCCCAAAACCCCAAGACCUCCACCCGAACCCCAAAUAAGGCUAUUGUUACUUGUUAUUGUUGUUUGUUAGAAUCAAUUGCUAGGUUAAGUUAGACUCAAUCGCCCGAGGUGAGAUCACUCCCUUCAAACCCCCUCCCGAACCCUCCCAUCAAACUGUAAAUAUGAUUCCACAAAUUCCCACACCUGUCCGUCAAACCCCUCCAAUACCCCAAUCAAGCACGUCCCAAUGUCCAAAUCCAGCACCAAUCCACUUCCUCGGAAAUCUCACCUCGUAUUUGCUAGCAUUUAUGAAGGAUAAAAUAAAAGCAAAAACGAAACCACACGUAGCUGUGUGCUAAGUGUGCCAAGCUUACACCUCUACGACGAAGGACCGCAGUUGGUUGGCAGUAUCGUGGAAGAGUUGUAGCCAGUCAGUGUAAGUGUUUGCCCAAACGCCUCCGACCAGUAGUUCCCAUUCCGCACCGGGCCGGGCAAUAAUCCGGUGAUUGUGUAAAUAUUGAUCCCCCCUUCCCCACCACUACUGCUGGGGGAGCUGGGGAAUCCCAGUCUAUCCCUCUCAACCCCGCAAACCAAAGCUCCUAAUCCCAACCCCCAAA